AUGUCCUACAACUGUUUCACAAGAAACUGCUCUUCCAGGCCAAUUGGAGGACACUGCGCUGUCCCAGCGGCCCCGGUUGCCACGGCUUCUACCCAGGAUGCCGACUGCCUGAGCGGCAUCUAUUUGCCCAGUUCCUUCCAAACUGGCUCCUGGCUCCUGGACCACUGUCAGGGGACCACCUGUGAGCCCACUGUUUGCCAGCCAACCUGUCACCAGCAAAAUCCUUGCAUCUCCAGCCUCGGACAGGUGACCUGCUCUCGACAGACCACCUGUGUCUCUAAUCCUUGCUCGACCACCUACAGCCGGCCACUCACCUUUGUCUCCAGUGGCUGUCAGCCCCUGGGUGGCAUCUCUAAUGUGUGCCAGCCAGUGGGAGGAGUCUCCACUGUCUGCCAACCAGCCUGCGGGGGCUCCAGGACGUACCAGCGGUCCUGCAUGUCCAGCUGUCGAAGAACUUGCUAA